GGUUUGCGACCCGCCGUGUUGUUCGGCGGGAAUCAGGGCAAAAAUCCCCGCGAAGGCGGGGACAAGUUUUGCCAGAGACCGGCAAGCAUGGCUCAACGGACGGGCGGAUUCAGGGUGAACGGUACUCCAUGGACCCCAAAGCACUAACAACCACCGACUGGCACAACAUUCACCUCUUUCUGCAGUGGUUCUGGAUAUAUUUCCCACUGGUAGUCACGUUUGCCAUGACCAUGCUCACCGCGCACGCCCUUAUCCCAUCUGUGGUAAGCACAGGGCACCUUCCGGCCAGUGCCGCAAAGCUCCGGCUUCCGCUGACAUUGUUCGCCCUCCUGAUAGGAGCCGCUACAAUCGUCAUCCUGAUUAUCGGGAUCAACCAGACUCUUGAUGUAAGGAACUUCUGGAGCCGGCUGCUGAUCUAA